AAAGAGGGAAGGUGAGGAAGAGGAAGUCGCCGGAGCGCAAGUUGCGGGCAGCCCACAAACCACUCAGACGACAAGAGAUGGACGCCAGGCGGGGACAACUCCACAGAAUUCUCCUGCAGUUGGUGCUGCUGCUGCUGGCGGUGCUCAGGCUGGGCAGCCCACUGCGGAGGAUGGCGGCGACACGCAAACCUCCGUUUCUGCGGUGUGAGCGGGAGCAGCACCUGACAAGGCGGCUGGUGCACCGAAAGGCAGUGCGAAGGCAACAGCAGAUCCGCCAGCUGCGGACACCACCCACACAGUGA